CACCACAGUGGGGCCAGAGGGACAUUGUGUGCAGCAGCAAGGAGCCUACAGAGGUCAACAACAAGGCUCUCCGGCCCAUCCCACCAAACCUGCCGAGACCUCAGGGAUUCACAGGCCUGUCUACCCUUGUGGUCAAGACCAGACCAAGAAAAGGAACAUGGCGCUGCUCCGGGGGCUCCUGGUGAUCAGCUUGUCCUGCCUACAAGGCUCGGGCGCGGUGUUCUCUCCUGCCAGCGCCAUGGAGCCCUUGGACCAGCAGCUAAUGGGCGGGCAGACCCAAGAGAAGCUGCCCCCGCUUACCCUCCUCAAGUUGGGCAACCAGGAGCCCAGUGGCCAUAUUGGCCUGAAGAAGGCCCCAAGAGACUGCAGGGGAGCCCCAACCCCAGAGCAGACCCGCAGAUUGGCCCAGGCCAUGAUGGCCUUCACCACAGACCUGUUCUCCCUGGUGGCCCAAAGGUCCACCAGCCCCAACCUAAUCCUGUCGCCUCUGAGUGUGGCCCUGGCACUGUCUCACCUGGCACUAGGUGCUCAGAACCAGACGCUGUGGAGGUUAGAGCAGGUGCUGCAUGCAGACUCUGGGCCCUGCCUCCCCCACCUGCUGAGCCGCCUUUGCCAGGACCUGGGCCCUGGGGCAUUCCGAUUGGCUGCUAGAAUGUACCUGCAGAAAGGAUUUCCCAUCAAAGAGGACUUCCUGAAACAAUCAGAACAGCUCUUUGGUGCCAAGCCCAUGAGCCUGACGGGAAGGAAAGGGGAUGAUCUACUAAACAUCAACCAAUGGGUGAAGGAGGCCACAGAGGGGAAGAUUGAGGAUUUCCUCUCAGAGCUGCCAGAUGACACAGUGUUGCUUCUGCUCAAUGCCAUCCACUUCCAGGGUUUCUGGAGGAGCAAGUUUGAUCCAAGCCUCACCCAGAGAGACAGUUUCCACCUGAACGAGCAGUUCACGGUGCCAGUGGACAUGAUGCACGCCCGCACGUACCCCCUGCGCUGGUUCCUUCUGGAGCAGCCUGAGAUACAGGUGGCUCAUUUCCCCUUUAAGAACAACAUGAGCUUUGUGGUCAUUAUGCCCACCCAGUUUGAGUGGAACGUGUCCCAGGUGCUGGCCAACCUGAGCUGGGACAUCCUGCACCAGCCCUUACUGCGAGAGAAACCCACCAAGGUCCGGCUGCCUAAGCUGCACCUGAACUACCAGCUGGACUUGGUGGCCACCCUCAGCCGACUGGGCCUGCAGGAGCUGUUCCAGGCCCCAGACCUGCGCGGGAUCUCCGACCAGAGCCUGGUGGUGACCAGCGUGCAGCACCAGUCUGCUCUGGAGCUCAGUGAGGCUGGUGUGGAGGCGGCCGCGGCCACGGGCACGGCCAUGUCCCGAAUGUCUCUCUCCUCCUUCAGUGUCAACCGCCCCUUCCUCUUCUUCAUCCUCGAGGACACAACAAGCCUGCCCCUGUUUGUGGGCAGUGUGAAGAACCCCAACCCUAGUGCGCCAUGGGAGCGCAAGGAGCAGCAGGAUUCCCCCGAUGACAGGGACUACUUCCAGAACCAGAAAGCCUUUCCCCGAGGAGACAAGCCCUUCGGGCCUGACUUGAAACUUGCGCCUCCCUCAGAGGAGGAUUACCCCCAGCUUCAUAGCCCCAAGUGAGAGGCCAGCUGCCAGCAUCCCGAGUCCCUGCCUGGAGCAACCUCUCAACUCUUGUGACUCUUUCCAGACAGCAUUGUGGGAGGAGGGCAGGGACCUGGGUGGGGAGUCUGGGAGCCCAGAGGGAGCCACUCUCUCAAGUCUCCUCCUCUCAGGGAUUUUGGGGUUGGGGGGGCGCCAGGACGGGGCGGACCUCAGGUAAUCAAGGGCCUUCAUCCCACAUCUCUUCUUCCAAAAGCGACUCAGAGGCUGUCCUUUGGGGGACUUGGGCAGAAGGGCAGCUGGAGAUCCACUUUUGUCAGGAAGGUAGUUCCGUGUUGGCUGUGGCACUUCCACGUUUGUUUACGGGGGGGGGGGGGCAGGAGGGGGGCAGGAGGGAUGGAAUACCUUGGCUGGGGAGAGGACAGUAGGCCCUGGGGGUGUGGAGCCUGGGCCUGCUCUAUGGGCGGGGCCUAGAAUUCCACAAACUGCUUCUGCCACACUUGCUGGAGGCCCUCCAGCCCCCAGCCCCCAACCCGCCCCCCACACCCUGUCACUUCAGCCUCCCCACUGCUCCUUGGAGAUACCAGCAUUGCCAGGACUCUUCUUCCCUGUCUCUCCUCUUCUUCCUCUGCCCAGGUGUCUCAGGUGGGAGGUGUGUGUGGGGGGAAUAGUUAACUCCCUAAGGCUCUUUUGUAAAGUUUUUGUAGUGAUUUUUAUGCCACCUGAAUAAAGAAUGAAUGAC